ACACGCACCGGGUUCAAGUCCAUCUCUUCCUCUCCCGCUCUUUCUCCUCCAGCUAUGCCUUACGAUGGUCUGUCGUGAUUCUCCUCUGCGAUUGCGUCAUCGUUGAAGUGGCAGCCGAGUGAAUCUCUGUCGCGACCGCAGAUAUGUCCCGCAAUUGAUUCCCAUUGCCACCCAGCCAUUUACGUAGUGACUGAUAUAUAAUCAUUCUAAGAGAAGGCAGUAGCCUGCCAUUGAUUUCUAUUUUUUUGGGCUGAGAAAUCGAAAUGGGAAUUGUUUAUUUCUUGAGUGAUUGAGUGAGGAAAGUGAAAACAGAUCAUUGUUGUCCUUUAUACGAUUUACAUUGCGAACUGUGGCGAUAAUUGAGAAUAGAGCUAUCGGUCUUGUGUGUAUAGUUUCAUUUGUGGUCCAUGAGGUGUCUUUUGUUGUUCGAUUAGAGGGGGAGAAAAAAAAAAGCCUGCAUGGAUUACUGAGGCAUUGUUUCUCGAGUCCAGUGAUGAGUAAAGAAGGAAGGCAUUCUUGGAAGGAAAGUCACCUCGAUCUUGCUGUGAAUGGUGUUAUUCAAGACGGUGUCGGUAUCAACGAUGGGCGAACGAUGAGCCACGGACUGGAAAGCCGCGCAGUUGCAGCUGUUAUCAGCGAUAUCACGACGCCUGCCAUCGCCGCUGCCAGGCACAACACGCAACAGUUAUUACAAUCGACAGAGAAUAAAGAAACUCGAGAUGUUUUAAGAGAAAUUACUCCCAGUGCACCACACAAAGUUUCUCAAACAAAAGACGAUUUGCUCAAAACAGUUACAGCUACUUCUGAACAAAAUGUACAGGAAGUCGAAAAGGUUGCUGCGGGUACUCAGAAAGUGUUCAUCACACUUAUUGCUGGAGCAAUGGCUGGAGCCCUUGCAAAAUCAACAAUUGCUCCACUUGACAGAACAAAAAUAAAUUUCCAGGCAACAAAACAGAAAUUUUCUGCUCGACAUGCCAUCAGUUUCCUUAUUGAAUGUUAUCGUAAGGAAGGUCUGUUUAGUUUUUGGCGUGGCAACUCUGCCACCAUGGCUCGCAUUAUUCCCUAUGCAGCAAUUCAGUUUACAUCCCAUGAACAGUUCAAAAUUCUCCUGAGAAUUGAUGAACCAAAUAGAGAAACACCGCAGUACUACAGAUUUCUAGCUGGAUCUUUAGCUGGUGUAACCUCUCAGUUUUUGACAUAUCCAUUGGAUAUGGCUCGGGCAAGGAUGGCUGUAACCCACAAGGAUACUUACUCUUCAUUAAUUCAGGUUUUUGCAAAGAUUUGGAAGAAUGAAGGGCCAUUAACCUUAUACAGAGGGUUAACUCCAACGUUACUUGGUGUGAUACCUUAUGCAGGUACAAGUUUUGGCAUCUAUGAAACUUUAAAAAAUUAUCACAGCUCUAUGUCUGAUAGAGAUAAACCAAACCCAUUAGAGAGGAUGAUGUUUGGAGCAGUCGCAGGUUUGGUAGGCCAGUCUUCCUCCUAUCCACUGGAUAUUGUUCGUAGAAGAAUGCAGACAGCAAAUGUAACUGGUAAUGGCAACUCGUACAAGACUAUAAUGGGCACUCUAACCAAAGUUUAUAGGGAAGAGGGUCUUCGCAAUGGUCUGUACAAAGGUCUGUCUAUGAAUUGGAUAAAAGGACCUAUCGCUGUGGGAAUCAGCUUUGCAACCUUUGAUACAUUGAAAUUACAUUUAGAAUAUUUUUUCAGUAACAGAUAGCAUUCUAAUCUUAAAAUGUCAUCUCUGAAUGUGAUUGGUAAAUAUGUCUGUUAGAGUAACAUAAGUGAUGUUGAUGUUUUGUGAAAUUUUAAAGUACACAGAUGUGAAAAGUAUGUAAAGUGUUCACUUUAAAAUAUUUUAGGCCUUACUAUGUCUGCAUGAUUAGCAAGCGCUCAUUGUUAUAAGAUGGGAGCAAUGGUAAAACUAAUGGUAUCCAUUCGUGCUAUAUUAGAGGUACUACAUAUUGUUAGACAAGUAAAUGCUUUUUUUGUAGCCUGUUUUAUAGCUUAGAAUGUUGUAUUUUUACCAGAGUAAUAAGUAGGCUUUCUGAAAUAUGGUGUGAAGGGCAUUAACAUGGUAUACUUGCACCAGUAGAGGACAGGAUUAGUUUUGUUUAUAGAAGUGGAUGUUGUACAACAUUAAAUGUUAGUCAUCAAAAAUGGGGAAAAUGCAUCUGUAUAAGAAAGAUAAUGGCCAGAAUGAGUUGCUAAAUAUAAAGCAGGGACUUUGUUACUUCCUUACUGAAAUAUAAUGAUUUUGUCAUUUUGCUAAAUUUGUGACACAGAAAUGGGCGAGACAGAAUUUUUCUUAUCAUAUGCUGUAGUAAAUAAUACUAUACCACCUUUAAUUGACAGUGUUACAUCAUCAGGAAAGAUUUAUUUUAGCAGCAGUGACAGAAUAUUUUAUAUAAUUUUGUCCCUCAAAAUGAUAUCCAGAGAAUAUAAGCACAAAUUUUCACAAAUUUACUUUAUAGAGUUUUAUCAUAACUUAAAUCAGUCCCCUAACAUCGUCUUCCUUUGCUUGAUUCUGUCCUUGCAGUCAUUCACCAAUAGAAAACUUAAAAAAAAGACCAAGUUAAAGUAAUAUUUGACAUUCAAAAUGUUUAGCAAGUGGUAUAGAUUUAUCCUAUUGAGUAUCUACACGAGAGGGUUGGAGGAUACUCUUAGGUACAGUUUUAUGCAAAUAUUAUUGCAAUUAAUUUAUACACAAAUCCCAUUCAGUAGUAAAUACAAAGAGCAAUUUUGUAAUAGUUGGCAAGAAUGGGAGAUAACCAGUAAUGAGUGAAAUUAUAAUGCGUACAGGAUCAUUCACGGAAUUACUAAUUAUGAAUAUCACAUCCAAGAGUAUGAUAUGUAUACUUAUUUGUUUAUUUGAAUAUACUUUUUAAGUUUCAUAAUACAGUAAUGAUUGUGACCCAUGUCUAUCCAGAGCACAAUUAUACCAGUGAAUCCUUUUGUCGCUCACAAUUUUCACCGGAAAAGUAUCAUAUUUUGUAAGAGUAAUACAUUUUGGACUUAACCUAUUUUGUGUAGCAAAUUCUUUGCUUUGCUAAUAAGAUUCAAUUUUAGAACGUCUUUAUUGAACAUUCAGUAUGGCAGCAAUCUUAACUGCAGUCAUAAGUGAGUUGUACCAUGUGUAUUGUAGUGUCCACAACUUAGAAUUGUAAUGUACUUUAUUUUUAUUGGUGUAUGAUGAGUAUUUGGCUGAGAAUGUUCAUUGUAUGAUUAUAAAAUUUGAAAGUUUGUGAAUGUGAAAUGAAGUGUGUACAGAAACAUAUUAAUGUAGAGAAGAACAUCUAAGUGUUGAUGAGUAAUUAGUAUACAAAAUGCUUAGUAAUUUACUAUCAUGAGCCAUUUUAUCAUAUUUGUUAUAUACUGUAACAGUUUGAUUAUCAGUUUAACUACAGUACAGAUAUUUAGUGUUUAUCUUUUGAUGAAAAUUAUGUAAUUUUUUCUGUGGGAAAAAUAUUCAGUAUUCUUGGAACACACUGGGGGUCAUUUUCCAAUAAGAAGCCAGUUAAAAUAAUUUUUUUAAAGAACUUGAAGAACUAUAAACAUUCAGUAUACAUCACAUAGCAACAGUUGCCUCAAACAUAUUGAAAUUACAGUAUUGUCAUAAAUUAUUUUAAUAAAAACCACUAAGUCACAUUUGAGACUUGCAAGGAACAGUCGAGGGAUUUUUGAUUAAAUAAUAGUUAGAAUUUGGCGAGGUAUUGUUUAAAAAAAGUAGUUCAGUAGAUGGUAAGAUAUCAGAGGGAACAUAAAAAGUAAAAGGAAGAAAGCAAUACAGCGGAGACCAAAUGGAUGCUGUAAAGAACAUGAAUACCAUUUACAAACUGCCAUGCAAGGCAAACUUGUUUUACUUCUGCAAAGAAAUUCUGAGGUAAUUAUUGAAUCAAACAUUGUGGCUUGAAAAGUUUCAUGUUCAUUAUAAUAUAGCUAUAUUGAGGUUUACUUGGUAUUUUUUUACAUCAUGUAUGGUUGCAAAAUGAUAUUUUGAUAAUAAAAUUAAGUUUUGUAUAUAGUACUUACCUGGUAGUUCACUGCUAUAGUCCCCGACGCGAUCGGCAGCUAGAAAAAAAAAAAUUUCCUGCCAGUACGGUUGGUACUCCUGGGUGAUACUCUUCCCCACCUCUACUGGGGGUUGGUAGUGACUACAGUAGCGUCUUCAGAUAUUCAUGCCUCACCUGCCAAUGAUAGGGGAGGAGGGUGGGCUUUAAUUGGAACUGCCAGGUAAGUAGGUAUAUACAAAACUUCAUUUUAUUAUCAAAAUAUCAUUUUUGUACAUACAACUUACCUGGUAGUUCCACUGCUGAUUCCCCACAUUUGAAGGGGGAAGGUCAUUGCAGUUAAAAAUUAACGCUAUGUAAAGCCUUCGUAGUUCCUACCUGUUAGGUGAGCUGUCCAAAUGGUGACUGCCUCUGGGGGCUCUCAUCAUAACUGUAUCGACGUGGUAAUAGACCAGUUGUCUGAUACCAGAGGUAGCCAUGCAGUCGAGGGCUAGUACCAUGGACUAACAUGGUAAUCAUGGUUGCCCCUGCCCAGGAUGCAGUACAAACAACGAAAUAAUAAUACACAAGAGUAUCACCACUAACCUAACAAAGGACACUCACACCUCCCUAACUAAGAAAAAACUGGGAGGUACUCCAAGCACAAAAUGUAUCCCCAGACACCCCACCAACUCAACACCCUAUCGAGACGAAGAGGACUUAGAGGAAGGAACAACCACCUCGACCCCCUUACCCAACACUGUGCCAGUUACCACAAAUGGACCCAAAGUACUGCAGUUCUCAAAAUCAGUCGUAAUGUCGCUUAAAUGGUGCAUAGCGAAGACCAACUUGAUCCUUUUCCUAUAUUUGAGAAUGACCUUCUCUAAUCAGCUCUCAAAAAGAAGAAAAUGGCAUUGUUUAACUUCGGGCGAGACAGAUUUUUUGCGGAACAAUACAGUUUAUCUGAACUGCCCCCAAGAUUCUUUGUCUUAAUAAUAUAUGCUUUCAAAGCUCUCACAGGGCACAAAGUAAAUUCUGGCUCAUGAGAGCCUACCAAGUCUCUCAAACCUUUUAACACAAAAAAUGGUGGCCAAGGGUUAGACGGGCGUUCAUUCUUAGCUAAGAACCCUAUUAUCAAAGAGCAAGUAGAGUUUCCCCUUGAAAAACCUACUUUUUCAUCCAUGGCAUGAACUUCACUCACUCUUUUUGCGGUAGCCAAGGCCACUAGGAAAAGUUUUUUCUUCUCAGAUCUUGAAAAGAUUAGUUCUCCCGUGGCUCGAAUCUAGAGAGCAGUUUUGGCUCUUUCGUUUUUGAAGUAUUAAAGGAUUUUAUCAAGUAUUCCAAAUCUUUAUUAGUACCUACAUCCAAACCUCUAUAUGUCGGAAUACUGAGCUUAACAUAGUUCUGUAGCCUUUUAUAGUAAGUGACGACAAUUUCCUCCCUUCCUUUUAAAAAUAAGAGGAAAUCUAGAGAUAGCUUUUGCCUCUCGUUUCAAAAAUCCCUUCUCUCAUAAUAAACAUUCGACAGUCGAAACACGGUUAGAGCGAGAGCUGGUAACCCAUUGUGGAGUUUGUUGCAGUGCAGUUGUCUGAGUAGAUCUACUCUUUGUGGCAAUAGUCUUUGAUAGUCUGAGAGCAGAUCCAGCAAAUCCAGAAACCAAUCUUUCAUUGGCCAAAAGGGGGCCACUAGGAUAAUCCUGGAAUCCUCUGAUAGUCUGAACUUGACUAUUACUUCUUGUAAAAUCUUGAAUGGGGGGAAGGCAUACAGUUCGAGAUUCGAUCAGCUAUGAGAAAAGCGUCUACUGACCACGCUUGUGGGUCUGUUAUUGGCGAACAAUAGGUCAUCAGGCAAGCUGUUUUUGCCGUCACAAAUAAGUUUAUCUGUGGUUGGCCCCACCAUCUCCAUAAUUGUCUGCACACUGACAGAUUUAAAGUCAAUUCUGACGCAAUUAUCUGAUUGUUUGUGCUUAGAAGAUCAGCUCUGACAUUGAGCUUGCCUUGAAUGAAUCUCGUGAUGAGGGUCACUUGGUUCAACUUUGCCUAUAACAGUAAUUCUCUCACAACUUCGAGAAGGAGUGUGUUCCCCCCUGCUUCCUGUUGUAUGCUAAUGCAGUCGUGUUGUCCGCAUUGACAACAACUGUCUUUCCCUUUACUUCCUCUACGACGGAUAGGAGUCCCAAGUGAACGACCUUCAGCUCUUUCAAGUUGGUAUGCCAUUUUUUCUGAUCAUCUUGCCAAAGUCCUGAUGUUGCCUUCUCCCCCAGGACUACUCCCCAGCUCUUGUCCAAGGCAUCAGAAAAAAGGACAAGAUUCGGUUCCGACUUCUGUAACUUUCCUCCCCACACCGAGUUGUUCUUCCGAGUUCCACCACUAGAGGUCCACUUUUAUCUCUUUCGUAAUCGGGAAUACGAAAGAGUCCAAAUCCUUCUUUCUUCUCCAGUUGGCUUUCAGGAAGAACUGCAUCAGUCACAAAUGCAGUCUGCCUAGACUGACAAACUGUUCCACCGAUGAGAGGGUUCCCAAAAGGCUCGUCCAAGCUCUCACUAAACAGGCUUUCAAAUUUAGAAACUUGUGUACUAUCUUUAGGGCUGAAUUUACCCUUUGGCGAGAAGGAAAAACCAGAAAACUCGCUGAAUUUUAUCAUCAUCCCUAAGUAGAGAAUCUGUUGACUCAGAACCAGAUUUUACUUCUGAACAUCCACCAAAAGGCCUAAUUUCUUCGCUAACAUCGUCUUUUGAAGGUCCUCCAUGCAUUUUUCUUUUGAGCUCGACUUUAUUAACCAGUCGUCCAGGUAUAGGUUAAUUCUGACACCUAUCAGAUGAAGCCACUUUGCUAGAUGAGAGAUUAUUCUGGUGAAGACUUGUGGUGCCGCUGACAGCCCGAAACGUAGGGCUCUGAACUGGAAAGUCUCCCCUUGAAAAACGAACCUGAGAAACUUCCUCGACUCCACAUGAAUCAGGAAAUGAAAGUAUGCGUCUUUCAUGGCUAGGGAUAUCAUCCAGUCGUGUUGGUGAAUGGAUGAAAGCACUGACUGUGUAGUCUCCAUUUUGAAUUUUGUCUUGUGAACGAAAAGAUUCAGCUGACUCGCAUCUAGAACUGGUCUCCAACCCCCCAGAAGCUUUUGGGACUAAGAACAGGCAGUUGUAAAAACCCCGUCCCAUUGGAGCUACUACUUUCUCUGAUUCUUUUCUCUAGAAGUUGGCUUACCUCCCCCUGAAGGACAACAAACUUCUCUGACCCUGGCAAGUAUGCUGGAAAUGGAAUUGGAGAAUCCACUAAAGGUGGAUCACUUGCAAAAGGGAUCUGAUAUUCUAAAAUCCUGAAGUCUCGCCCCCUACUGCAUGGAGGAAAAAACCCUCACUUUCUUGAUUCUCCUGUUGCGGGUUUUUUACAAGGUUUUGCAAUACGCACUUGCUGGUUUUCCUCUGCCUCUUGUGAAGGUCUUAAAUGUACCUCUCCCUCGAAAGGGCAUACUUCUAAAGGCUGGGUCUGUAACCACUGAUUGACGGUUCCCUGUAGGAAGAGGUCCUUUAGGUCAAUACUGUAUGUUCAGGAAAAAGAAGUUUCUUGUCUAAAGGGGAGAGUAGUUCUAGUCACUCCCUUCGUAGCAAAAGCACACCAUAAUUCACGCUUCUUCAAAAUCCUUAGCAUAAAAAGGGCAGCAAGUUGAGAGGCACCAUCCCUGAUCGCUCUGUCUAUACAGUAAAUGACGUUGGAAACAUCUGCAAACUCAUCUUCAGGUAAGGAGGCGGAUUUUAACUUUCUGCCUAAUGCCCCAAUUGACCAAUCAAGGAAACUCACUACUUACAAGGAAUGGAAAACGCUCCUGAGAAGAUGAAGAUGAUCGAUCUCCAAUGAAGAGAACAUUACUUUAGCAACUGAAAAGGCUGAUCUCCUUUUGGGGUCCACCAGACAAGAAAAAUCUCCUUGAGAAGAAGCAGUGUUUCCUAAAGCAAACAUUUCUUGUAUCCCAUAACAAAUAUUUCUCCUGGAAGACAGCCGAGAUGGGGGAAAACAGAACAUUCCUUUUCCCUGUUCUCUCUCAAAUUUAAGCCAAGUUUCAAUAUUCUUUAAGGCCUUCUUAGCCAAGGUAGACAAAACUGAUUUUGGCAAUUUUGACGACUCUAAUGUUGUCCCUAUUCCAAGAUGAUUCCGGAGAGACGGGCUCCCUCUGAGCAAACGAUUCUGGGUAAUUUGCUACGAAGAAACGAAGGAGUUAUUUAUAUGCUUUAUUCGAAGAUUUUGUCUGCAUUAUCCUCUUCUACGUCUGAGUCUCACUGUUUCUCUUCCAACGAUACCGGAGACAAAUCUUGUAUUCCCAAAGUAGGAUCUACAGCUCCUUGAGGUUGUACCAAACCUAAAAUGCGAUCCAACUUAUAAGAGAUGAUUGCCAAUUCUGGGUUAAUGUGCUUCUUAGAAGGAGGGUGCUCAGGUGCCUGGCGCCCGGCGGCAGCCCAUGGACGUCGUGAAUCGGGCACCUGCCAGGAACAAGAGAGCUGUCUGUCGCUGGGUGCCCAGUGGGCGUCGACCGCUUACCUGACGGGCGCAUAUUGGACACUAGUUGCUCUGGUAAUCGGAAAUCCACCGAUUUCUUGGAAGAAGACAAUUCUUGAAAAGGAAAAUCUUUAGAUUUCACAGAAACAAUAUCACUCUUGUUCAACAUAUGCCUGCACUACUUAUCAAACACUACUCCUUUAGAAGUAAGAGCAGAAUGCGAAAAGGGAGUCAAAACUGGCGCCCUAAAGUGCUCUGAGUCUAUCCCCUCUGCGACCUUCUCUGUAUGUUCAUCAGAGUCUGAAGAGGAGUUCGACCAACUACACGAAGGAGUAGGAUCCUCCUCAAACACAUAAGCUCUCUUCUUGGGCACAGAAGAGGGUGAGGCUCCUCUUGUCCUUUCCAGUGGAUGUGAAAUUUCCGAAAAACGCUGACGGUGCUUUGGAAAGUCUUCACUAGUCACUAGAUGGUAAAUGUCUCCCAGAAACGCCUUUCCAAUAGCAUUCUGUCACGUCUUGGGAACGAAUAUUGGAUCAUCUGAGGGGGCGCCUAUUCGAGAGCAGUCCCCACUCACCUUCCUUCGACUGUCGGCAUGCCUCCUCCCAGGUUCUGGGGAGCACGAGUGGGUCAAGCAGACACCUCCUCCACUUCACACACAUUAGAUUUAGCACUGGACCUAUCAUCCAUCAAAAUUUGCAGAGAAUCACCAAUUUUAUGCAUAACUACUUUUAAAAGCAGCGUUCAUUUGACCUUUUAAGACUGGCAACGGUAUCGGGUUAGGGGUCAUCGGGGUCCUGGGCAGGAGACGAAGGAGUGUUAACAUUAGGAAUAUUAGUAGGAGGCUCAUCUAUGGGAAUUUCCGGACUAAUUAAAACAACAGAGGAAUCUUUCCCUAUAUUAGCUCUGGAUAAGGCUUUUCUCUGCCUAUCCCUAUCCAACUUAUGUAAAUGGUUAGAAAGUGUCUUCCAUGCCUGAGCACUCCAAUCCUUACAUUCGUCACACGUAUUCUGAGGAGAGCAAUCUUGCCCCCUGCAACUCACACACUUCGAAUGAGUCAUACUUAGCCUUGGUUAACCUAGUUCUGCAGCACCUAACCGAUGAAGAACUCUAGUCUGACAUGACUCGCCUAGGCUAAAGCACACAGAAAAAAUUAUGCUGAAUAUGAAAAAACUAAGGAGAUUCACUAAACUUGCUAACUAGCAACAGAACCACCAACUAGCAAAAACCAAUUUUCUAGCUGCCUCCCGCCCGUGUGUUUACAGUGUCAUGGCAGCAGGAAUAUCUGAAGACACUACCAUAGUCACUACCAACCUCCAGUAGAAGCGGGGGAGAAGAGUAUCACCCAGGAGUACCAAUCGUACUGGUGGGAAUUUUUUUUUUUUAUCUAGCUGCCUAUUGUCAGGGACUAUAGCAGCGAAACUACCAGGUAAAUUGUAUGUACAAAACAUUUUGUAAUCUACAUUAUGCAUGUUAAACUUACUAUGAAUCUAUGAAAACUGAGAAAUGCAUCAAUACCAUGGAUUGGUACAACCAUAAAAGCGUUAUUUGAAUAGCCAUCAGAAAAAUUCUUAGUGUUUGGCUACAAUCAGCUUCAGUAGCAAGUCUCAUUAGAUCACACAAUCAGGUAUUGAAAUAGCUAUCGCAAACAGCCAAAUUCUUUAAGCUGUUCAACUGUGAAUGAUUUCUUUACUCUUGCCUUUUUUUCCAGUUAUUUUUGUAGAGAAAUAUAUAAUAGGGUUUCUAGUAUUAUGCAUUGGUCCAUCCUUAGUCUUACUCAAGAUGUCCUGCCCCAGAUGUGGGGUUUUUGCUGUGUGAAACAUGAUUGGCUGUGCAGAACUGCUUAUGAUUAAUCGUUUGAUUAAUCCUUAUAGAAGGACCUCUGAUGUAUUGUUCUUCAAAUAACUUUCUGGCUUCACUCACUUCAGGUUGUUUAUAACUUACUCAAGCAGGGAAAAUAAAUCUUGAAAAAGUUUAGCCAUAUAUCUAAAAUAUCUGUGUAGUAUAUGAAAUUUCAGAAUGUUAACUUAUUGUGGUUUGGGUAAGCUAUCAGUAUAAUUAUUAUAAUCCUACUUCAUCAGAUGUGAUGUUGAUUCUUUUUAAAUGUGAUACCAGUUCACAUCCACUGUAAAUCUGAAAAAUAACAUAGUAUUUUUAUCAAUUUAUCAAUCUAGAUUCGUGAAGUGCUUCAGAUAUUUUUAAAUUAUUAGUAAUAAUUGGAGAAAGGUGAACCUUAAAAGUUUUACUUAUUUUUCUGUGUUACCAAAGGGAACAAUGAAAAGUAUAUGUGGCAGAAAACAUUAUAGCAGAGUCAUAGUAUAAUCUAUGAAUAGUGUUAUAUACAAGGCCCAGUGCAAGCAUCACCCACUACUCAUUGUACUUCAUUAAGUAUAGAUCAAGACUAGAUUAAAUUAUUUUUUGCAAUUUACAAAGAUUAGUUAAAUCAUUUUUGUUCCAGAUGUUAGCCAAGUUACACAAUUCUUUAUGGAUAGCUAUACAUCAUAAUCAUAAUAAACAAUAGCUUUUAGAUCGUUUUUCAAACUGGUAACUGGCAAUCAAAUAACAUUGAAAAUUUUGUUUUUCUUGGAAAAAACUUACAGAACAGUUGAUGUGAAUCUUAACAUUUAGAUUACGGUAAUUCUGAGAGUUUUUACACUAGAUGAUCAUAAACGAAAUUUUUAAUUCAGGCAGUGAACCAUUUUGAAAUAAAAGCUUUGUUUAAACAAGAAUACUAUUUCAUAAUACUAGCUGCAAAUUAUAACACUGAGGUUACCAUCAAUGAUUUUGAUCCAAGCAGAAGUACAGACAGCCCUUUACAGAUGUGAAAUAAAAAUAAUAAAUUUUUAAAAAUCCCUCAAAUGUUUCAAAAAGCACCAUGAUCAUACAAUGGUUAUUAAGGGAGGUAGUAGUUUUUGCAAGUGUUGGAAAAGAGAAUGAAUUUUUCUGAUCUUUAUUCAUUGAUUUAACUAAGAUAUAAAUACUGUAAUUUGAAAAGUAAAAUGUAAAAAAAAUUAAGUAAAAUUAAGUUGAAGACAAUUCCAUUAUUAUAAUGAAGCAUAUAUCAGCUAAUAAAUUGUGGCCAAAUUUCUUUUACAGUAAAAUUAAACAGUAAUUGAUUAUUUUAGUGUAAAAUAUCCAUUGGUUUAAGAUUUUUGCAUUUUUAUUGAUAUGGUGUGGGAUACCAUAAUUUUUAAACCUCUGAUUUAGCCCUAGUAAACUACAGCAUUAUUUAAAAUCUUUUAAAUAGAAAUGGCAAGAUUGAGCAUGUAUAGCAAAAAGUGCAAUAAGAUCAAGUGUACCAACAACAAAUUAGCCACCGUUCAUUAAUCUGUUCUGUGUUUGUAAAACCAGAAUGCAUUACUGGCUGGUGACAAGCUACCAAAGUAUCGAGUUAAAAUUAUUUGAUCAGCUUUACAGUUAGUGCACUUACAUUACAGUAGCAUGUCUUCCGUAAAUUCACAAACUAUCCAUCUUGAAAGCAAGUUAUCAUAGUUUUUUGCCACAUGAACUGUACAAAGGUUCGGAAAUAGUAAAAAAGUAAUAUUUUGUCAGUUCAGCAAGAAGUUUUUCUUUGAAUUCCCAUUUAAAGCAUCCCUUUGUACUGAACCUGAAGGGUAAAUUUAUCAUGUCAUUCUGACUUCCCCAAUUAUGUCUUGAACAAACAUUUUAUCUUGAUGGGCUUAAAGAGUAAUAUACUUGCCUGCCAAGUAUGAAAAGUAUCCUUAUCAGCAAAUAAACCCACAUUCAACAUUUCUGAAAAAUGUUGCUUUUAAUAAAAUUCAGAAUUUGUUUGUACGUAUGACGUUCCAAGGCUUUUCAAAUAUAAUCAUCAGAAAUUAUUUCUAACAGAAAUAAUAUGGCUCCAAAAAGCAUUAAAAGUAAGAUUUUCUUAGGAUUUUCGACAAUUUUUCAACUUACGACAAUUUUUGCUUAUGAUGCAGGCUAGGUACAGAACCUCCAUCAUAAACCGGGGAAUGCUUGUACAUGACUUAUCUGGGCUACUGUUCAGUUCCGUGUCUUUAACCACACAUUUUCAAAGUUUUACACAAUAAUCAUUCUGGAACAGUAUGAGUAAAACUCCAUUCUUGAAUUUGUUUCAAGUCAAAAUUGCUUUUUAUCAAGAUAUAUAUGUUUUUGUAUAAAUUAUAAAUAAUUUGUAUAUAAUACAUUGUGUUCAGGGAUACUAUUUACUCAUUUACUUAGAAGAAAAGUUUUAAUUUUGAUGGAAAGAAAUGUAUUUGGUGCUAAUGUAGCAGAAUUUGAGGUUACUUUUUGUGCGUCUAAUAUUUUUGUAGUGUUUUGUAUGUAAAAAAGCUUGGAACAUUUUAUGUGUUGUUUUUUUCAUUCAGUAGGAAACUUGCAUGGCUCCUCCUGUUAAGCAUUGACAAAGUGCAGUACAGUAACCAUGUCAGAGUUCAAAGUAUUUAACUGUCAGUAAGUUAAUCUGUAUGCAUGAAAUAAACUUGAGGUGGAAGAUACUGUAAAUCAAAACUUGAGGGAAGCUCCAAUAAACCCAUUUGCCGACAAAGCUAAGCAUUAUUUAAAUUUUAAAUAUAAACCUGGUGAGUUUUGGGAGUAUAUAGUAUGUACUGUGUUUUUCCAUUCAGCUAAAAUUCAUAACUCAUAGGACUUACCCAGUUUUUCUCUUAAUAAAUAUAUUAAUCUUUCAUCUUAUUCGAAAAAUUAUAACCACUUAAAAACUUAAGGAUUGGAAAACUGAACAUUUUGAAUUGCUUACGUGACAAUUUCUCUUAAGAUUUUGUUGACAGGACACAAACUGACAAUAUGUAUAUUUAUUUUUUGUCAAUGCUGUUUUCAAAUAGUGAAUAUAUAGAUUUGAGAGCAAAUCCUUAUGAGAUCUUGUCAGAAUCUUCAGUAUUUUCAAGUGACCCAGUCAUCAGAUUUUCAAGUUGCAAUUUAAGAUUAAUACAUUUAUUAAGAACAAAUCCUUGAGCCAGCUGUACAAGAGUUAAGAAUGUUAACUCACUGGUCUAGUUAAACUAUGUACGUACAUAUAAGUUGAAUUGGGAGGCCUCCUAUCCUCCCUAAUAAUAUAUCUAUGCACCUACAUAAAAUGUAAGAUUGUAGCUUAUGUUUCAUUCAAGUCGGAAAUCUUUAUAUUUGGUGCUUAAAGGCAAAUGUCUGAUUAUAAUAGAGGGGACCUUGUAGUAUAUUAUUGAGACCAUGAUUAUGAAUUUUGUGGUACGUAUUGGGUAAACUUAGUGAAAAUGUAUCUGUUCCCCAUCAUAAUGUGCUAUAACAAAUACCAUGCAACAGGAUUUCCCCAUGUGCACACAGAAGGGUUAGUAUAGAGGAAAUAUUGAGACAUUGUGACCCACAAACUUGAAAAAGUAGGCAUAUGUAGAUUAGGAUGCAUCUUUGGUCCCAAUUUUGCUUCAGAUUGCUUUCCUCAGAAAAGUGUAAUUUUUUUUUAAACAUAUAUUUCCUCAUCUGAGAAUAGCCCAGCAUAUAUUAUGGAAUAGCAUACAUUACAUUACAGAAUGGCAUAGUGAAAAAUUUCUACUCCUAAUAGGGCUGGUUCAAGGCAUUUUUGAAUGGUCUCAGUCCAGAACAUUUUGACAGUAGGUAAUCAGAUUUGACAAGCCACCAAUAAUUUCUAUAUCAAGUCGGUGCAUUUAUCUAGAAUGGGUUAGGACUUUAUUAGUGACUGGAAAUAAGUUAUAAGUCCUAUCCUAAAAUUAUUGCUUGUUGUAUUACAAUACAGUACAAAUUGACAAAAUUAAGAACAUAUUUGGGAAGUCUCUCGCUUAUGGUUGUAAUUUAUCUGCUUCCUUUCUUCUGCUAAGUUUAUUAAUACAAAUAUUGUUAAGUUACUGCAGACUUUUAUGUAGUGCAAUAACGUAUGUUAAUAGAUACAGGUUUGUAAAUAUUUCAGUUUAAUUACUUUAAAAUUAUGUAUAUAUGAAAUUAAAUGAAAUUUUGUUACAA